UUCAUUAAUCCAAAAAUGCGGCGAAUAUCUCCUCUCCAUAUCCCACAUUCCCUACGCAAUCCAAUCCUCAAAUCUCAUAAUCAUAUUUAUCCACAUUAUUUCCUAAACUACCCUCAACACCUACCUUUUGACUCUGAGAUUCCUCGUUCUGCUCACUCACUUGUCUUCUUCCCCAGUUAAGCUCCUUUUAAUUCAUUGCUCAUUAUCUUCCCACAAUUUCAUCCCCACCAAACCCUAACUCAACGCGUUCUAAUCUGACUCACUGUGUUAACUCAUCAUCAUGAGCCGAUUCAGGAGAAUCGAGAUCUUCGAUCCUUUCUACCAUCCUUCAUUUUUUACUCCAUCGGUUUUAAUAGAGGAGGGAUACCUUGACUGUGAUCUAUUCAUCCCGAGUCAGAACCCGUUUGAGCUUUUCGACACGGUUUCGGAUCUGAUCCAAGUGGAAACAACACCGGCAUUGUGCUCUUACAGGAGGAUGAAGCAACGAGCCGGGACUGAGCUGUACUUACAAAAAUUAGGUGACCGAGUCAGCGCGCUCGAGUCAAGGUUCGAGAAGCUGAUGAAGCCGAAGAUCAACGGUGGAGGAGAAAGGAAGUACACGUGGACUGCGGAGAUUAAGGGACCAGUCGAGAGGAAGUUCAAGUUAAGCACUGAGAUCAAAGAUGAUAAGAAGAAGAGCUACAAGUGGAUUGCUGAGAUUAAAGGAAAAGAAGAGGAUCAACCGGUGACAAGGAGGUACACGUAUGAAGUGCACAGUGGUGAGCAUGGAAGCGAGUGUGACGGAUCAGAGAAGAAAGAAAAAACUGAAAAGAAAGAGAAAAAACAAAAACACGGUGGUGUGCGUGUUGUGGAGAUCAAAGAAGAAGAUAAUGAUCACGGUGCUGUUGUUCUCAGACAGGCUUUUGCUAAAAGAGCUGGAGCUGUGAGGGGCAAAAAGGGAAAGAAGAAGGAACUGGAACCGGAAAAUGCUGCAUUGAUGAUACAGAUGGGAUUUAGAGCUUAUUUGAUAAGGAGAUCAAUGGCAUUGCGUGCUCUUAGAGAGUUGGCUAUUGCUAAGGCUAAGUUAAAAGAGCUUAGAUCUUUGUUUAAUAAUUUCUCUUACAGGAGACAAAUUGGUCGUGAUGCUGUGGAGCGUCAGAGGUUUUCUGAGAAAAUUAUUGUUCUGCUUCUUACUGUUGAUGCCAUUGAGGGAGCUGAUCUGAUGGUGCGAUCUGCAAAAAGGUCAAUGGUAGAUGAGUUAGAGGCUAUGCUUGAUGUGGUGGAUCCCCAGCCUCAGGGGAAAUCACUUUCAAUGAGAAGGCGGACAUUUGAUAUGCCCGACAGUGCCAUUCAGAAAGAAAUAGCAGAAGGUGUUGCUCAGGUUGUUCAAUUGCUAGAUGAAGAAGAGAAUCGGCACUAUUGAGACACACUUACGAAGAAGAGGGUUUCUAAUGGAUGAUGAUCCCAUUUUCUAGGUUUGCUCGGGAUCCUGAGGUUUAGCCGUGUGUUGUAAAAGAUGAGGAGAUUCCAAAUAGUUCAGCUAUUGGCUUCCGUUGAUUGAUUAGUAGAUUAGUUAUGCUCCAUUUGAACUUGUGUUGCUAGCCUUAAUAAGGAUAUGCCGAUAUGGUAGCUAGUUUCUGUAUUUCCAUUUUCUAUUCCACUUGAACAUGCUUAUGGCAGAGGUUGUUUAUUUAUGAAAACUUUGUUUUAGCUCCUAAA